AUGGAGGGGAAAGACCUCUACAAAAAUGAGGUUUCCGAUGAAGAAGCCAAGCAAUUUGCUGAAAAAUUCAAGAUGGAUCCACUCGCACGCCCGUGCACUGUUGACAAUUUCCGAUAUUGGAUUGCAGGUGUUCCUAAAUCAGCGUGGAACAAAGGCGCAUCAUAUGUUUUCGUAGAUAUCCUCGUGAAGAAGAGGCUAAUCACCAUACCCAACAUCAAAGCUCGCGAUAUCUUGCGUGAGGCUUUCUUCAUACAAUUGAAAACACUUCGUGGAAUCUGGUUGGAGAAACAGAAAAUGGCAGAGGAUAAGAAGAUACCACAUGCCAUAUUUGCAAAGAGAUGGCAAAGGAAAAACACUUUGUUCCAACGACGAAGGAACGUGAUACUUGCAGUUCCAGCACUCGAACCCUAUCUUGAUGACUUCGAUGAACUAGGGGUUGCAGGGAUGUCUUCUGAUGAAGAGGAACCUGACAUGGAUGAAGCGACUAUGUGCUACAACAUCAAGGAGCCAUGUUGGCGAAGUCAGCAGCUCAAGAAUUGGGUCAGGUUUUUGGACUAUUGUCAUCUCGAGGGUCGGACCUCUCUUGAAGGACCCCAGUUCAGUUUCACGCGAGGCGCUGCACCCCAUCUCCGUGUGGAUAAUAAUGACAAGAGUUCGAAGAGCAGAUACGUUGUUGGGCUCCCUGCUAACUUCUACGAUGCAGAAUGGCUCAAGAAGCAGGAGCCUGGAUGGGCAAAAGGUGGGAUGGGAUUUGUCAAUGAGAUGGUCCGCCCUUGUGCACCUAAGAAAUUAGUUUUCCCUGCCGAUCUUGCCAGAACUUUGGAACAGAGGAAAUUUCCUGGCGUAAGCACAAGAUAG